CACUCAGUUAUAAAGUUUUCACCUUUAAAUCUCAGAGUCAGGUUUUUGGUGGGAAUAGGAAAGCAAAAGACAAUGGGGGACGAAGCAAAGAUCUUUACUCUUUCAGAAGUCUCAGAGCACAAUCAUGCUCGUGACUGCUGGAUCGUCAUCAGUGGAAAUGUGUAUGAUGUGACCAAGUUCCUUGAAGACCAUCCUGGUGGGGAUGAAGUUCUUUUGUCUUCAACAGGUAAGGAUGCAACGGAUGAUUUUGAGGACGUGGGUCACAGCGAGAGCGCGAGAGAGAUGAUGGAACAGUACCACGUAGGAGAGAUUGAUCCAACAACAAUCCCAAAGAAAACCAAAUACACUCCUCCUAAACAGCCUCAAUACAAUCAAGACAAGACCUCUGAGUUCAUUAUCAAGAUCCUCCAGUUCCUCGUACCCCUUGCCAUUCUCGGUUUAGCAGUUGGGAUUCGUAUUUACACAAAAUCAGGCUAGUCUUUUUUUCAGGUUGUGAAACCAAAGUUAUGACAUUGAGCUAUUUGUUCGAAGGUGUGAUUCAGCAUUGGGUCAAAUCAUAACACUUUCUUCUUAUCUUGCAAUGUCGAAAGAUAUGAAUCUUUAAAGCGGAGAAACUAAAACAUGAAUAUCUCUAAACAAGAUCAAGAUCUUACUAAGAACUCAAACGACACUUCUUAAUACUUCGAUCAAACUUUGCAAGAAAGAGACGUUUUAAUUGAUUGCAGAUUUGCAGUUAUGGAGCUUUGUGGCAGUUACUUUAAUAGAGUGUGUGGCAGGUAGUGACUUGGGGCUCACUUAAAACCAUAUCCAACAAACAAAAGAAUCCAAAACUUCUUCCCCCCUGUCGGUCCUUCUUUUGUACUUCUCCUCCGCUUUGGC